AUGGCAGAGACCAAAGGGAAGUACGACUUUGCCAUUGACAGAGGAGGCACCUUCACUGAUGUGUUUGCCCGCCUCCCUGAUGGGCGUGAGAGGGUCCUGAAGCUGCUCUCCUGGGACCCCCAGAACUACAAAGAUGCCCCCACAGAGGGCAUCCGGCGUGUGCUAGAGGAGGAAACUGGGAGGCCGUUUCCCCGUGACCGGCCUGUGGACACUUCGCUGAUCGGUUGGAUCCGAAUGGGAACGACUGUCGCCACCAAUGCACUUUUGGAGCGGGAAGGAGAGAGGACGGCUCUGCUUGUCACGAAGGGCUUCAAAGACCUUCUCCAUAUCGGCACACAGGCCCGACCCAAGCUGUUUGAUUUGGAGGUGGCUGUACCAGAAGUGCUUUAUGAGGAGGUGAUUGAGGUGGACGAGCGAGUGGUUCUCAAACAAGAUGAAUGUCAUCUGCCCAGACGAGAGGCCAAACGCUGCGUCACAGGCAGCACUGGAGAUUCUUUGGAAGUGUGGAAGGAACUGGAUCUGAAGCAAGUGGAGAAAGACCUGACAGGAGUCUUGUCUCGGGGGAUCACCUGUUUAGCUGUGCUGCUGCUGCACUCCUACACAUGGUCUGAUCAUGAGAAGGCAGUGGGCUCCCUGGCACGGCGCCUCGGCUUCACUCAAGUGUCUCUGUCCAGUGAAGUCAUGCCCAUGGUCAGAGCAGUUCCUCGGGGCUACACUGUGUGUGCAGACGCCUAUCUCACACCCAAGAUCCGGCAGUAUUUAAAAGGCUUCACCGCUGGCUUUAAGGAUGCUCUCAAGAGUGUGGACGUACUGUUCAUGCAGUCCGAUGGUGGCCUCACUCCCAUGGGGCAGUUCUGUGGGUCACGUGCUGUUCUCUCUGGGCCAGCAGGGGGAGUUGUGGGCUAUGCCAUCACCUCAUACAGUCAAAUGGAGAAGAAGCCAGUGAUUGGCUUUGACAUGGGAGGGACUUCGACUGAUGUGAGCCGAUAUGCCGGACAGUACGAGCAUGUCUUUGAGGCGACCACAGCUGGGGUCACUCUGCAGGCUCCACAACUGGACAUCAACACAGUGGCAGCGGGUGGAGGGUCGAGACUCUUCUUUCGAUCUGGGAUGUUUGUGGUUGGACCAGAGUCGGCAGGAGCUCAUCCAGGGCCGGCUUGUUACAGAAAAGGUGGUCCCCUUACUGUCACCGAUGCUAACUUGGCUCUUGGGCGCCUCCUUCCACCCUUCUUUCCAAAAAUCUUUGGACCUGGAGAAAAUGAACCCCUGUCUUUAGAGGAGACAAUGAAGCACUUUAAUCAACUUACUCAAGAUAUCAACGUGUUCCUGACUUCUAACCAGGCACAAUCUUCACUGAAUGAGUCAAACGACGUCAACAGCAGCAGUUCAGAAAUGAGUGUGGAGGAAGUUGCGAUGGGCUUUAUACGUGUCGCAAAUGAAGCCAUGUGUCGACCAAUCAGAGCUUUGACACAGGCUAAAGGGCAUGACACAUCUCAACAUGUGCUGGCCUGUUUCGGAGGUGCGGGUGGGCAACAUGCCUGUGCGAUUGCAAGAGCCCUGGGGAUGAAAAGCGUCUUCAUUCAUAAAUAUAGUGGUGUGUUGUCGGCGUAUGGUUUAGCUCUGGCCGAUGUGGUUGAAGAAGUCCAGGAGCCAAGUUCACUCAAGUAUGAGGAGGAGUGUUAUUCAGAGCUGGACCGAAGAGUGGACCAUCUCUCAAAACGCUGCAUCGACACGCUCUGUGCACGGGGCUUUACCAGUGGACAGAUCACAACUGAAGUGUUUCUCCAUCUCCGUUACGAGGGGACUGACUGUGCACUUAUGGUCACAGCAGCUGAAUUUCCUCCCAGUUCUCAGUCAUGCAAAGCCGGGGACUUCCGCAGUGCCUUCACCAAACGUUACUUGAAGGAGUUUGGCUUCACGAUUGCCGGCAGACCCAUUGUGGUGGAUGACAUUCGAGUCCGGGGAUGUGGGAAAUCUGGCAUCAAAUCCUUUUUUAAGAAAUCAGAAAACCAGAGAACUGCAAAACCUGUCACAAUCACAAAGUGCUACUUUGAGGGCGGUUACCUUGACACAAAUGUUUAUCUGUGGGAAGAGCUGCCGUGUGGCCACAACAUACAGGGACCAGCGAUCAUCAUUGACAAAAACAGCACUAUCCUGGUGGAGCCCUGCAGUGUGGCCAAGCUGACAGAAGGGGGCGACGUGUGCAUUGACGUUGGCUCAGACCCCCACUGUCAGCUUGGCACUGAGUUGAACAGCGUACAACUCUCCAUCUUCUCUCAUCGCUUCAUGAGCAUCGCAGAACAAAUGGGCAGGGUGCUCCAAAGAACGUCCAUCUCCACUAACAUCAAAGAGCGCCUGGACUUCUCCUGUGCCGUGUUUGGGCCCGACGGAGGCUUGGUGUCCAACGCUCCCCACAUUCCUGUCCACCUGGGGGCCAUGCAGGAGACUGUCCAGUAUCAAAUCAAAGCCCUGGGUAGUAACAUAAAAGAAGGCGAUGUUAUUCUGAGUAACCACCCGAGUGCAGGGGGCAGCCACCUCCCGGAUCUCACCGUCAUCACCCCAGUGUUCAGAAAGGGCAUUAGUGCGCCUGUUUUCUUUGUGGCCAGUAGAGGGCACCACGCUGACAUAGGAGGGAUUACUCCAGGGUCGAUGCCGCCACACUCCACAUCACUGCAGCAAGAGGGCGCUGUUUUCACCUCUUUUAAACUGGUGACUGCUGGGAUCUUUCAAGAGGAAGCGGUAACUGAGGCGCUCAUGGCCCCAGCGCAGUACCCAGGAUGCUCCGGGACUCGUAAUCUCCAUGACAACCUGUCGGAUCUGCGCGCUCAGGUGGCAGCCAAUCGGAGAGGGAGCCAGCUGGUCGGAGAGUUGAUCGACUGCUACGGUUUGGCCGUUGUGCAAGCGUACAUGGGAUACAUUCAGAGUAAUGCUGAGCUGGCCGUCAGAGACAUGCUCAGAGACUUUGCACGUCGCAGACGGGAGCAGACCGGUUCUCUGGAAGUGGAGUCUGAGGAUUUCAUGGAUGACGGCUCGUCAAUCAGACUACGAGUCCAAAUUAAUGAAGAAGAGGGCAGUGCUGUGUUUGACUUCACUGGGACAGGGACCGAAGUUUGGGGAAACUGCAAUGCGCCGCGGGCCAUUACCCUCUCGGCGCUAAUCUACUGCCUGCGCUGCAUGGUGGGACAGGACAUCCCACUGAACCAGGGAUGUCUGGCCCCCAUCAAAGUCAUCAUCCCUCCAGGCUCCAUCCUGCAGCCGUCAAAGAACGCCGCUGUCGUCGGUGGAAAUGUGCUCACGUCCCAAAGAGUCGUCGAUGUCAUUUUUAAAGCGUUUGAAGUUUGUGCUGCGUCACAGGGUUGUAUGAAUAACAUCUCGUUUGGCAGUGAGAAGGUUGGAUACUAUGAGACCGUGGCUGGAGGAGCAGGAGCAGGACCGGGCUGGAACGGGCGGAGCGGCGUCCACAGUCACAUGACCAAUACCCGCAUCACUGACCCGGAAAUACUGGAAAAGAGGUAUCCAGUGAUUUUGGAGCAGUUUUCCCUACGUGCGAACUCAGGGGGAGGAGGGAAAUACUUGGGCGGCGAUGGCGUUGUCCGGAAACUUCUGUUCAGAGACAAGGUGGUUCUGUCGGUGCUGACGGAAAGACGCUGCUUCCGCCCCUAUGGACUCGAGGGUGGCGAGGAUGGAGCUGCAGGACUAAACCUUCUUCAGAGACAAGAUGGCCGACUGCUCAACCUGGGAGGCAAGACUAGUGUCACUCUUGAACCAGGGGACAUGUUUUGCCUGUACACACCUGGAGGAGGGGGCUAUGGAAGAGCGGAGGAAACAAACGGAAAUCCUCAAACGAAGCGGCGACGCUUGAAUGAAACAUUCCCAGAGAGAGGCAGCGUGUUUGAAUACAGGAUGGCCCAGGAGGGAGUGUGA